AGGAAAACCAAGAGCUCUUGCUACUUCGUGUCAAGAACAAUAGAUAGGUAGCUAGUGCACUCUGAAGAUUUUGGGCGACAGGUUUAACUGGGUACAUUGAAUUAUAGUGUGACAGAGGAAUCAUAAAGGACUUCUGCUGUUUUGAACUGUGGAUUUACCUCACUGCACAUGACGAGCUAAAGAUCAUGUCACUACCAGAGGAGGAUCUUACUUGCCCGGUGUGUUGUGACAUCUUUACAGACCCUGUUUUGCUGUCAUGUAGCCACAGCUUCUGUAAGAACUGUCUGAAGCGUUGUUGGGACACAGGGUUACAUAAAUGUCCAGUAUGCAGGAAAAAAGUCUCCAAGUCCUGUCCUCCCUCCAAUUUGGCUCUGAAAAAUGUCUGUGAGACUGUCCUAAAGGUCCGGAGGCAGAGUUCAAUUCCAGUGGAAGAGAAGACAAACUGUAGUCUACAUGGGGAGAAGCUGAAGCUCUUCUGUGUGGUUGACAAACAGCCCAUCUGUGUGGUGUGUCAGUCUUCUAAACUGCAUAAGACCCACGACUGCUCACCUAUAGAAGAAGCAGUGCUGGACUGCAAGGACGAACUUGCUUUAUCUCUUAAAAUCCUGCAAGAUAAAUUGGACGACCUCAAAAGAAUUCAGAGGACUUCUGCAGACAUGUCCAAGUACAUCAAGAGUCAGGCUCUGGAAACUCAGAGAUUGAUCAAGAGCCAGUUUGAGCAGCUCCAUCACGUCCUCUGCCAAGAAGAGUCAGCCAGAUUGGCAGCUGUGAAAAGAGAAGAAGAAGAGAAGAUUGCAGAAAUAAAGGACAAGGUUAAAGAACUCUCUGCAGAGAUGCUGUCCCUCACAGAGACCAUCUCAGUCAUACAGGAGCAGCUCAAAGAGGACAAAAUGGUUCUGUUGAAGAAUUUUAAAGCCACUCAGGACAGAGGCAAAGGCAUUGUGCUUGAUUCAGACAACAUGUCGGGAUUAUUGAUUGACAUGACCAAGCAUCUCUGCAACCUCAAGUAUAAAGUCUGGGAGAAAAUGCUGGACCAUAUUGACUACACUCCGGUCACUUUGGAUCCAAACACAGCACACCCCUGCCUCAUCCUGUCUGAAAACUUCACUUCCCUCCACUACUCAAAGCAGCCCAGCUGUUGCCCUGACAACCCAGAGCGCUUCCACAUAAGCGCUGAAGUGGUAGCCAUGACCCCGCUUGGUUCAGGAAGUCAUCACUGGGUUGUGGAAACAGGAAGUAAUCAGGACUGGCUCCUGGGCGUGGCCUCUUUGUCUGUACCUAGGAACGCUGAGAUCACAGCACGACCUGAAAAUGGCUUCUGGACUUUGUGUUUCCGAGAUGGAGAGUUCAGGGCGAUGACCUCCCCACCCACCCCACUGACUCUUUCAAGAAUGCCCGAACAAAUCAAAGUGCAACUGGAUUACAACAAAGGGACUCUGUGUUUUUGUGACCCUGCUGAUAACACAGUCAUUUUUGCCUUCAUGCACACAUUCACAGAAACUUUAUUUCCAUAUUUUUAUACACAGAGCACUCAUCCCCUGAGAAUAAUGCCAGAGAAGGUAGUUGUCACAAUAUUGCGUCAGUAAGUGGUUGAAUGACUUAUUAAGUAAAAAAUAGCAUUUCAGUCCUGUUUUGCUAAAUGAAAUGGGUUGACUGGCUGUGUAUUAAUGUCUUUAACUGAAGACAUGGUACUCCAGAAACAUUUGUCUCUCUUCUCUAAGGAAUAGUUUGACAUUUUUGGACACAGCUAUCCUGGCUCUUUCAAAGGGUAACAAAAUCCGCCUUUUAUCACCUCUAAAGGUCACUAGUUAACACAUUAUAUCAAGUUUGUUUUUUGAUAACAAUUCACUGAUCAAAAUGUGCUCUGUAUUGGAGGGGUUUGUAUGGUAAGGUGUUUAUUGUACUCUACACAUGAGGGCGCCAAAGCCUAACAAAUAUCUUGCAGGAUGUGGCGACAGCAGCUUUGAAACAUGCAUCUAAUCGUAAUAGCAGAAAAAAAAAAUUCAAGAACACAAUCAGUUUAUCAGAUUAUGAAAGUAGAAUUUAGAUUUUCCACUUGUUUCCUUAUUAUUGAUGGAUAUUAUUUGUAAAUAAGAAAUUGUCCUGCCUGCUAAAAUUAAAGU